CGCAGCGUGGCGAAAUUAUCAUUCUUACGGACAGAUGUUUUGGCGCUUGAUGGGGUGGAAGGCCGCGAUUUGGUGGUACAUUUUGAGAUUAGGUUCGAUCCGCGAUAUCAGACUAUAACUACUGGAAAUAUCGUGGACAUUCUGUCGCGGGAAUUAAAUCCCGAAACAUCGCGCUAUUUGGCGAAUCUGACAAUAGAGAUGAAGAGUCUCGAAGUACAAGAAAGUCUAAAGGCCCUGAACGCUCAAAUUAAUCCACAAUCAUCCAUCUCGACAUUACCGCCUACAACGACAGCACCUCCGCCAAGAAAAUGCAACAAGCUGGACUUGCCUUAUUGUAAACAUCUCCCUUAUAAUAUUAGCUCGUAUCCAAAUAUAUUGGAGCAUAAAUCGUUGGCAGAUGUCGAAGAGGAUGUUAUUGCUUUCAUAUAACUAGUGGACGCGGAAUGCUAUCCAUUGGCCUACGACUUUAUCUGUCAGGUGCUGCAGCCUGCGUGUCAAUUGGGUCAUCCGGAAGAUGUGCUGCAGUUGCCUUGUAGGAGCUUUUGCAGGGAAUUUUGGAAUGGAUGCGGCAGUCGUCUUUCUGAGAAGAUAAAACGGGCCUUGGAUUGUUCCAAUUUUCCCGAAUAUAUCGGGCCUGGUAGUUGCAGACCAAAGCCAGGAUGUGUGCAAGCACUUCAGUCUAAAGCUUUAUCACCGAGAAUUUGCGACGGCGUAAUCGAUUGUCCGGAUCUUUCGGAUGAAAAAAACUGUGCCUAUUGUCGAGAUGGUUACAUGCAUUGCGGAGUAGGAAGAACCUGUAUUCCGCAUACAAAACGAUGCGAUGGCAAAGUGGACUGUCCGAAUGGCAGCGAUGAAAAAGAUUGUCUACUUUUGGCACCGAGCGUGCAUGUAUUAAAAUCACAAUCUUGGAGCACACCUCAUGUCGCGAAAUACAAUAAAGAGGGAUAUGUUGUAUUUAGUGAAAAAGGUACUAUUGGCAAACUUUGUACGGCAAAUCUAAAUGCUACCUUACCAGAAACUGAAAUGGAUAAUGUUCUUCAAACGGCAGCAAGCUCACUCUGUACUUUACUCACAUAUACUGGCGUAGCUCUUGUUGAAGUAAGAAUUGAUGACGAAGAAGAUGUCCCAUAUGUAUACAUGGAAGAUCCAUCAGCACCGGAAAUCACUUUUGUCAGGGCUCCUUGUCCUAGCAAGGAAGUCCUAUACGUUCGUUGUUCCGAUCUUGAAUGUGGAAUACAACCUUUACGUACAAGUGACGGAACUCAAAGUCUUAAUAAGAUGGCAGAACCCGGUGACUGGCCUUGGCAUGUUGCGCUUUUCAAGGAGGGAGUUCAUGUUUGCGAUGCUACUCUUGUGGCGGAAAAUUGGUUGCUCACAACUGCGUAUUGCUUUCAAGGUCAACCCAAAGCAGAAUGGUCGGCUAUACUUGGUGUCGUACGACUAUCGAGUACAUCACCUUGGCAACAAGAACGCAGAAUCGUUGGCAUGAUUAAAUCACCGGUGGAAGGUACGACUGUUCUGAUAAAACUGGAUAGACCAGUAACUUUCUCGGAUUUUGUGAGACCAAUUUGCUUGCCCUCCAACGAAGACUCACCGAGCAAUACAUCACAAUGCAAUACUUUGGGUUGGGCAAGAAAUCGUGAUUUAUUACAAAGAGUACAGUUGAAACAUAGUGCAAUGGAAAAGUGUGAAAAUAUUAGUAUUCCUUCGGUGAACAGUUGCACUGAGCAAGCAUAUUCCAUGGACGAUUGCAAUGAAGAAGAACUCGCUGGCAGUCCAAUGUUGUGCCUUCAAACAGAUAAUCGAAGAUUUUUGGCUGGUAUUGGUAAUUGGAGAAUAGCUUGCUCGAAGGAUGGCAUCGAAAGGCCUCGUUAUGAUAAAAUUGCAUCACAUAUUGACUGGAUUAAUCUACCAUUAGUUGAAAGCUUUAAUUGA